UAACAUGUGUUGAGGGCUUAGCAGUAAGCCACACUAAACUGUGAGUUACGCAUCACCUUGAAAGCGUGGAGGAAAGUGAGGAAAUUGUUCAAGAGAUCGGCUUCAGUUAGUUCAGCGGACAAAAGAAGGAGUGCAGUGGCGUGUUUGUUCGAAGGUGUUCAUGGGGGAGUCAGUGGAAGCACUUCCAUUUUCUGUGGCAAACAUCUUAAAGAACGAUCUAUCUAAAGGGGCGAAAAAGAAAGGCCGAUCUAACAGCAGCGCUAGAAAAGCUUAGACUCUUGCUGAACGACUUGCAGAUGUGAUUAUGGACGCCAAGAAUAACGCAGAAGGCGCAAGUCAGAAACGACGGCGGACACGCACGGCGUUCACCCAAUAUCAACUGAAGACCUUGGAGAGUACGUUUACACACACUCACUACCCUGACGUUGUGAUGAGGGAACAGUUAAUCAUGUGGACCAGCUUGCCAGACUCUACAAUACAGAUUUGGUUUAAAAACAGGAGAGCAAAGUUCAGGAAGCAAAAGACUAGUCCUGUCAUCCCUGUCAACAGAAGAAAAGACUUCAAGGACUCACGAAUGCGAUUUUAUUUGACUCGUUCAUCAAGUUUACCGUUCACACCAGCUUUCUCGUCACAAGGAGACGCCCCUUCAAAUAGUGGGCAAAAUCAAGACAAGAUGCUUCCCUUACCGCCAAUCACAACAAUGUUACCUCUGCUUGCACCUUCUUGGAAGUUCGUUUAGAACCCGACGAAAGUGCUUUUUACAAAUGAUACAUACAUAUACAUAUAUAUAU